UCCGGUACCGGCCCCGUUGCCCGCCGCCCGCUCCGGUACCGGCUCUGUUCCCCGCCAUGAGCAGCUGCCAGUUCAACAAGGGCCCGUCCUACGGCCUCUCCGCCGAAGUCAAGAACCGGCUCGCCCAGAAGUAUGACCCACAGAAGGAGGCUGAGCUGCGGACGUGGAUCGAGAGCGUCACGGGAAAACAGAUCGGACCCGACUUCCAGAAGGGGCUGAAGGAUGGGGUGAUCCUCUGCGAGCUCAUGAACAAGCUGCAGCCCAACUCUGUGAGGAAGAUCAACCGCUCGGCUCAGAACUGGCACCAGCUGGAGAACCUCUCCAACUUCAUCAAGGCCAUGGCCAGCUACGGCAUGAACCCCGUGGACCUCUUUGAAGCCAAUGAUCUCUUUGAGAGCGGGAACCUGACGCAGGUGCAGGUGUCGCUGCUGGCACUGGCGGGAAUGGCCAAGACGAAGGGGCUGCAGAGCGGCGUGGACAUCGGCGUGAAGUACUCGGAGAAGCAGCAGAGGAAUUUCGACGAGGCCAAGAUGAAGGCUGGGCAGUGUGUGAUCGGGCUGCAGAUGGGCACGAACAAGUGUGCCAGCCAGUCCGGCAUGACGGCCUACGGCACCCGGAGGCACCUCUAUGACCCCAAAAAUCAGAUCCUGCCACCCAUGGACCACUCCACCAUCAGCCUGCAGAUGGGCACCAACAAGUGUGCCAGUCAGGUGGGCAUGACGGCUCCCGGCACCAGGAGGCACAUCUACGACGCCAAGAUGGGCACAGAGAAGUGUGACAACUCCUCCAUGUCGCUGCAGAUGGGCUCCAACCAGGGCGCCAACCAGAGCGGGCAGGUCUUUGGCCUCGGCCGCCAGAUCUACGACCCCAAGUACUGCCCACAGGGCGGCCAGGGCGAGGUGGCCAACGCUGCCGCUGACCAGAGCGGGGACCCCCCCGGGUACCACUACUACCGUGAGGAGGAGGAGAGCUACUGAGCGGGAGGGCUCAGCCCCACCCGCGCCAUCUCAUGUACAGCCGCCUUCCAGCCUCCACUUCCAUCGUUCCCUCUUUUAAAACUCUUUUUUUUUUUUUUUUUAACUUUGGAAAUGAAUCUAUUUUUCUGAGCAAGGAA